UAUAAAGUCAAUCAUCAUCUGAAACUAACUUUUUUUACUGUAAUAUACGUUAAAUACGUCAUCAUAUUUUAAUUAUGGCUGAUGAAAAAUUAAUAAAAACAGUACAAAGCACUUUUUCUUUGUACGGUCUUGUACUGUCAAGGAAACUCAGUGUUUCACUUGCUAAAGAACUUCUAAAUGUUGAAGAAGAUGAACGAAAAAAUUGGCUUACACAAAUUGUUGAACAAGUUUUAGCACAAAAUUUAAACGAUCCACAUGUUACAGUGGAACAUCUUAAGUUAGCUAUAGAAGAAUGUGUGAGACCUGAUACAUUGAAAGCGACAGAAACCGUGUUGAACGUGAUAGAUGCUUUUGAAAUACCAAAAAUUAAAUAUGAUUUAUCUGAAAAAAAGUUUGUUUUAUCAACUGUGAUGCCAGAUUUAUAUCCAGAAGCACAAUACAAGACUUCAUUAUUUAAAGAACGGUUUGAAUUACUUUGGUACAGAACUUUGAGACAUGAAUUAUUUAUUCCCCCAAAGCUUGGUGAAAGGAAAGAUAAUUGGAUUGAAUUAGUACCUAUUGAAUCCUUAUUAAGCGAAAGUAAAAUGGGGAGUGUUUAUGUAAUGGGUCUUUUAACACAAUUAACAGAGGGUCAAUAUUAUUUGGAAGACACAGGAGGAACCAUUAAAGUUGAUUUACGAAAAGCAAAUUUUCAGGAUGGGUUAAUUAUGGAAGCUUCUAUAGUAAUAGCUAGUGGAGAUUAUAGGGAUGGCACUUUGCAUGUGGAAGACAUAGGUUUUCCUCCAGCAGAAUCGUCUACAAAUUCGUGUGCAGAUUUCGGUGAUGCCAAUGUAUUUGGUGGAUCACAUAAUCGCUCUUUGAAGCUAUCAGAAAAACUGCAAAAUUACGAACAAUCUAACAAAGAUGGAAUGAUUGUCUUUGUAUCUGAAAUGUGGUUAGAUGAUGCAAUUGUUUUACACAAAUUUAGAACAAUGUUAGAAGGAUAUUCUGAAUAUCCACCUAUUGCUUUUGUAUUGUGUGGACACUUCUUAAGCUUUCCAGCAAAUAUAACAAGCAUACAAAAAUUAAAAGAUGGGUUUAAGGAGCUGGCUGAUUUAAUAUUGCAGUACCCAGCUAUAAAAGAAUCUUCUAAAUUUAUUUUUGUACCCGCACUAGAGGACGUGGGAGCACCAAAAAUUUUGCCACGGUCGCCGCUUCCGAAGAAUCUUACAGAAUAUUUUAGGAAAAAUAUACCUGGUGCGAUAUUUGCUACUAAUCCAUGCAGAAUCCAAUACUGUACAAAAGAGAUUGUAGUGCUAAGAGAGGAUAUUUUAACUAAAAUGUGUAGAAAUACACUUCACUUCCCACAGGAAGGAAACAUUUAUGAUCAUUAUGCCAAAUCAAUUAUUUGCCAAUCUCAUUUGACCCCUUUAAGUCUUUCCAUAAUUCCAGUAUACUGGAAAUAUAAUCACGCUUUACAUCUACAUCCAACACCGGAUGUGAUUGUAGUCGCAGAUAAAUUUGAAGCGUACGCGACUGAAUACUCGAAUUGCCACGUCAUCAACCCUGGAUUAUUUCCAAAGAACGAUCAUUCAUUUAAAGUAUAUGUGCCUUCACUAGAUAUAAUCGAGCAUUGUGCUAUCCCUAAAGAUAUGGAUGGCGUAUAAUUUAAAAAGUUAUGUAAAUGAAAAACAAAAAAAAUGUAAAUUAAAGAAGAAUUUGAUAUUAUAAUUUAUGAUACCUUCCACUCUUCUAUGAACAAUUACAUACCGAUUUUGUACAAUAUUUAUUUUCACAUCACAAUUUUCAUCAGUUUUACAAUACUUCGAAAAUGCGUCUUCAGUUCAUAACUUAGUUCACAACAUUCUUCACUACUAAAUAUAAGAGCACAUUAAAUUAAAUUCAACCAUUGAAAAUAACUUAAUCUCUCGUUGAGGAUACUGUGUGAUUGGUUGGCCCUCUGUGUCCAAUAAUACAAUAAAAGAGAAUUGAAGAAUAACUUAUUAACAUAUACUCUUACAAUCGAAUAAGUUUAAUAGUAUCAACAUAA